UGUUCAACUGGUUUUUACAGUCUAGAAGGUGAAGACACAUGUAAACCAUGUCCUGCUGGUUCUAUGUGUCCCUUCCCUAGCAUUGCACCAAUACCUUGUCAACCGGGUACCUUUGCUACUGGCUCUACCACAACUUGUACUGAGUUAGUAUGUACACCUGGAACAUAUAGUACUGGUGGUGUUACUACAUGUACUGGUUGUCCUGCUGGCUAUUAUUGUCCAUCAACAACUACUGGUGCUGAUCAACAAGUCUAUACUGAAACAGAUUGUGCUACAGGGGCCUAUUCAUAUAGUGGGUUCGAUGCAUGUACACCAUGUCCAGCUGGAUGGCAAUGUCCCAGUAAAGAUGGCUCACAGAAUUCCCAAUGUGCUGAAGGUUUCUACUCUAGUGGUGAUGCUACAGCUUGUACCCCUUGUCCAGCUGGUGAAGCUUGUCCCUCAACAAGCUCUGCUUUGACAGAAACUUGUUCACCAGGAACUUAUUCAUCAGGACAACAAUCGGCAUGUACAGAAUGUCCAGCUGGUUAUGAAUGUCCAAGCACAACAUCAGCUACAGAAACACCCUGUUCUGAUGGGUUCUAUAGUGAAGGAAAGAGAGCAGCAUGUGUUGAAUGUCCUGCUGGAUAUGCCUGUCCUUCCAAAUUUGACAGUUAUAAGCUUCUUUGUUCAUCUGGUACUUUUGCUGAAGCAGGAGCUACAUCUUGCACUGUUUGUCCAGCUGGCAAAGAAUGUCCAAAUAACAACGUUCCUGGCUCAGCUUGCAGUGAU